AUGUCACAAAAUAGUUCAGAAUCAAAUUUAACAGAAAAGGAAAUAGAUGAAGAAAUUAGCCAAUUCAUUGAAGAUAAUAUCGAAUUAACUUACAAGGGUAUAACUGCUAUUAUAAGCAAUGACCCAAUUUUAAAGAAAAAGGUAAAAGCAUAUUGUGCACAUAGAGGUGCAAUGUUACCUUGGUCCACUUUAGAUGAAGUAUCAACAAGAGCCAUAGAAAUAUAUUUAUCAGACAAAAAAACCUCAGAACCAAAUAUACCUAUAAGAAGAACAAGAGCAAAUAAAAACUUAAUUUUUAUAGAUAGCGAUAGUGACAAAGAUGAUUCUAUUGGAAUCGAUAGUGACGAAAAUCAAUAUAAAAGGAAAAAUAUUACAUUUUAUAAAAAAAAAAAUGUAGUUGAAAAUUUAGAAACAAAAAUAAAAUUUGAAGAAGUUUGCCUUGAAAAUAUAGAACAAGUUACAUUGUUUUAUAAUCAAAAUGUAUAUACCAACCCCAAUUUUAUAUAUUCAUUGUAUCAAGCCAUUUGCAAACAUCCAUUUUAUAGCCAUUUAAGAUUAGCCCCUCAGUCCAUUAGUACCUGUUAG